AUGUUGCUUGAUGAGCUUGAUGAAAGGAAGCAGGAACUCGUGUGGUUCCUAUAUCGGCAUCAAAAUAUGAAGCCGUCUGUCAUUGCGGACGCGCUCAAGACGACUCAUGGGAUAUCGGUCGGCAACAAGCAGAUGCGCAACUUUCUCAAUCGAGUCGCUCACGGACAGAUUCCUGGACAUCGUCGCUUAGGAUCUGGAAGACCGCUGACUUCCUGUAGCCCCGACAGCUCCGCAAUGGUCUACGAUGGUCAAAAAGUUGCCGAUCUCGCCGACCUCAGACGACGCAUCUAA